AUGGAUAAGGAACAAAAUGAAGUCGAUGGAGAAUAUGACAUUCAACAAAGGAAGCGACAAUUGGUUGCUACUGAAAUUGUUUGUCAUGUAAUAAACAUGAUAAUUGCUCGAAAACUAAGUCAUGCAAAUUAUGUGGAUCGACCCAUUGGAUAUUGGUCUGCACAAUGUCAUUUAGUACGAGAGGAAUUAUUGAUGCAACUUAGUACAAAUGGAUAUUUGAGUAAGGUUAUCCGUAUGGGGCCAGAAACUUUUAGGCGCUUAUGUGACUUAUUGCAAACACAUGGUGGUCUACAACCUACUCAAAGAGCCACGGUGCAAGAGCAAGUUGUUAAAUUUCUCCAUAUAUUAACAAUUCCCUCAAAAAAUAUCACAAUGUCAUACUUUUAUCGGCGUUCUGGAGAAACUGUUAGUCGUCAUUUUCAUAGAGUUUUACGAGCAGUUAUAGCAUUGGAGGAUCAAUUUCUUCAGCAGCCUACGGGAGAACAAGUUCCUCCGGAAAUACUUAAUAGUGCAAGAUUUUAUCCAUAUUUUAAGGAUUGUGUGGGUGCAAUUGAUGGAACCCAUGUUCGCGUUAAGGUGCCUAAUAUUGAUGCGGCAAAAUAUCGUGGUAGAAAAGAGCAUCCAACACAAAAUGUGCUUGCUACAUGUUCUUUGAAUAUGAGAUUCACAUAUGUUCUACCUGGUUGGGAGGGAACUGCAUCAGAUUCAAGGAUCAUAAAAAAUGCGCUCACUAGAGAAGAUAAAUUAAUCAUUUCUAAUGGUAAAUAUUAUCUUGUUGAUGCUGGAUUCAUGUUGAGAAGGGGACUUCUUACACCUUAUAGAAAUGUAAGGUACCACUUGAAGGAAUACUCAAGUCAACAACCGCAAAACUUUCGAGAACUAUUCAAUUUGGGACAUUCAUCAUUGCGUAAUGCAAUUGAGAGAGCAUUCGGUGUCUUGAAAAAACGGUUUCCAAUCAUUGGAGAUACUCAACCAACUUAUAGUGUUGAAAUACAAUCACAAAUUGUGCUUGCUUGUUGUAUAUUACAUAAUUUUCUCAUGGAGUUUGACCCUGGCUUGGAGUACAUUAAUGAAGUAGAUGAAGAAUUGGCAAGUCAAUCUCCAUCGAAGGAGGAAAGCAGAGAUAUAAGUGCUGAAAAAGAUCAUGCUCAAGGAGAGGGUUUAAGGAAUGAAAUAGCAAUGCAAAUGUGGAAUGAUUAUAUACUUUGA